AUGGCUCUCCAGGACGUCCUCGACAUUGUGCAAGAUACCGCCCUCACACCCCUCGUCGGUGAGGCCUGUGCCGCCUCGAUCCUCAAGCUGGAUCUCGCCCAGACAAAGUGCUUCAAGAUCCUGCUCAGCAAGGUUCUCGGUAUCGGCAUCGUGGCCGGAGGAGCCAUCGUCAAGAUCCCCCAGCUCCUCAAGAUUGUCAACGCCGGCAAUGCCAAGGGAGUUAGCUUCACCAGCUAUCUUCUGGAGACCCUGGCCAUGGCCAUCGGUCUCUCGUACAACUUCCGCGAGGGCAAUCCCUUCUCGACCUAUGGCGAAAGCGCCUUCAUUGCCGUCAGCAACUUUUUCAUCCUCAUCCUCAUCCUCACCUACUCGAAGCAGUUUGGUGGCCUUGGGCUCUUUGUCCUUGGCUCGGCUGCCCUGACCUACUCGCUUUACGAGCAGUCGGUCAUCACCAACGAGAUCCUCAAGACCCUGCAGUGGGGCACCAUCUUCAUCACCGUCGCUUCCAAGCUUCCCCAAGUGAUUUCCAACUUUGCUGCGGGCUCCACCGGCCAGCUUUCGGCCGUCACCGUCUUCCUGACCUUCAUCGGCAGCGCUGCGCGCAUCUACACCACCCUCCAGGAGGUCGACGAUCCCGUCAUCCUCUACAGCAUUCUGGCCGCCAGCACCCUGAACGGCAUCAUUGCGCUGCAGGUCGUGCUCUACUGGGGCAAGGUUGGUGUCCGAAUGCGUGUUUCCCGCUGGAGAGUUGCGUUCACGUCCGCCCCCUCACCGUUCACUUGCUCAACUCACUCACUUGUAUCUGUCAUCCCACGCUGCCAUCACAGGGCUCCCAGAAGAUCAAGGCCAAGAAGGAAUAAACUGCGUUUGGCGAUUGUCCUCGGCUGCCGCUGUUGCCCUGGUUCCUUCACUGAAUAUAAUGAUCUUGUACCGCAUGGGACGUUGUGCUGGGCAGAGAUGUUGCUGAUCGGUUUCACCGGAAUGGUCUCUGCUGCAAUCCUGUGGCCGGAUUGCCAGCGACUCGGAACUUAG